AUGACCUCUCGACAUGCUUCGCACUCUGGAUCUUGGUACUCGGCUAGCCCCGAUACUUUGACCCGUCAGCUGGAUGGCUGGCUGGCGCAGGUUCCCGAUACAAUGGGGAAAGUCGGCUCGCUGCCAACACCGGGAGCGAGAGUGAUCAUUGCACCGCAUGCGGGCUUUUCGUAUUCCGGUCCAUGCGCUGCGUACGCCUACAAGGCAUUGGAUCUGUCCAAGGCCAAGCGAAUCUUCAUCCUGGGACCAUCGCACCAUGUCUCUCUAUCGACGCUAGCACUGCCAACAUUGACUUCCUACCGUACCCCUCUAUCCGCUGAACCCCUCCCGCUUGACACCGAGCUGAUCAGCCAGCUCUCCGAAGCGCAAGCAACCCGACCCGACGGGUCAAAAGUUAGCUUCACUCACAUGCCACGCUCUGUCGAUGAAGAUGAGCACAGCAUCGAGAUGCACUUGCCGUACAUCCAUCGCCUACUGCAACUCCAAUUCCCAGAUUUAUCGACCUCCGAAUACCCACCUCUGGUUCCAAUCAUGGUUGGAAGCACCUCGGCUGCAACAGAAGAAGCAUUCGGUGCCUUGUUGGCCCCUUACCUAGCAGAUUCUUCCAACGCAUUCGUCAUAAGUUCGGACUUUUGUCACUGGGGCACCCGGUUCCACUACACAUACUAUGUGCCCCAGGCCCCCAAGCCCGGACCUCAACUUCCGUUGUCUAGCGACGCACUUCCGCAACCAGAGUUAGAUACCAGCAGCGCUGAUCUGAGUAUCGAAGCAGUAUCAGCAGGUCGUUCCUUGACGCGCCGCGAUCGCAUCUCGAGCCGUGACCCCGCGAUUCAUGAAAGUAUCUCUGCAUUUGAUAUUGCAACCAUGGCCGCUAUCACGACCGGAUCUGCAAAGUCCUUCCUCGACGUUAUUAAUCGUACAGAUAACACCGUAUGUGGGCGCCAUCCGAUUGGGGUAAUUAUGGCAGCCUUGCAAGUUGUCACGGCCAGUCAGCCGACCAGCCAGCAGGGUCGCUUCCAUUUCUUGCGAUACGAGCGCAGUACUGAUAUAGUAUCGUUUGAUGACAGCUCGGUGAGCUAUGUGUCUGCGUUUGCGGUGCUCUAG